ACCCAAGCGGCUUACAGACGCCUUAUUUCCGGAAACGGGUAAAUUUCUAAAAUUCCUUCUUCGAAAUGGCCUGGAUUACGUUAUGUAUUGUACCUGGGACCUUUGUCUUGUUGUCUCUGAUGGCUUCUGGACAAAAAUGUGGCCCCGCAGAAUACGAAAGUCACGAUGCUGAAUGCUGUCCCAUGUGUGGAAUAGGUAUGAUUGUUUUGAGAGACUGCACAUCAGAUUCAAGCACAACAUGCAGGCCUUGUGUUGACCAAACAUAUAUGGAUGAACCUAAUGGUCUGAAACGCUGCUCUCAGUGCAAAAUUUGUGAUUCAGGGCAAGGGCUUUAUGUCUUCAGAAAAUGUACCACAAUUAGCAACACAGUCUGUGAUGUUCUGGAUGGAUUUUAUUGUGGAGCAUUUUCAGGAGAUAAUGAAUGCAGCUUCGCAUUAAAACAUAAGUCUUGUCUCCCUGGUCAGCAGAUUAAAACACCAGGUAAGAAUGUUACAUUCCCCCUUAAUCCCUUACAUUCUAAAAUUUCUUAUGACUAUUAUGACCCUGCUUCUGCCCUCCUGUUCAGCAUUUUGGGAUCAAAGACGAGAGAUGUGGAGUGUGAGGAUUGUCCAUCCGGCUCUUACUCAACACAGGGUGUAAAUUGUACACCAUGGACAAGCUGUAAUGAUGAUGAGGAGAAGAUUGAAGAUGGAAGCAAACAGAAAGACGUU